AUGUCAAAUUAUUACGAGUACGAAGAGUACUCUUCUCGUCGUCGCCGCGACUUUUCUCCCGACAACUACUCAGGUGGCGCUCCGGCACCCAACCCCAAUAACCCCGGCGCUCAAGGUCAGGGACCUCCUCCUCCAGGAGCUCCCCCUUACGCCUCGACUUCGCGCCUCGAUGAGCAGUACAGCGCUGGUCCUCCCCGCGAUCGCAUGACCCUUGAGCCUCCCCCGUCUCAGGCCCGUACCCGCUCAGUCCCUCCUCCCAAUACCGCAAUGGUCCGGCGAUCCCGUUCCCGCUCCCGCCCUGCCUCCGUGACAUCCUCCCAAGAAGACUAUGAUGACGACCGCCGUCGCGACAGCCGUUCUCGCGGGCGCGACCGCUCGCAGAGCCCCCUCUCCCGCGCUCGUGGCGCUGUCGAGGAUAACUUCUCCAACUCGGCCACUGGCAUCGGCGCUGGUCUCCUCGGCGCCGUUGUAGGUGGCCUCGUCGCCCGUGAGGCUUCUGAUGCAGCGACCCGUCACAAGCACAAGACACGAGGAUACGACGACGAGAAUGAGAAUCGCACUCGCCUCGUCUCCACCAUCCUUGGUGCCGUAGCCGGUGGUCUCGGCGCCAACGCCAUCGCCAACCGUGUUGAGGACUCGAGGGACCGGGACCGUCGCCGCCAGCUCGACUGGGAGCGUGAGCGUAGCUACGUGCGCGAGGAGGAGAUGCCGCGGUAUGAUCGCCGGAGAUCUGGCGACAGGGAUCGUGAUUCCCGCAGCCGAGACCGGUAUGAUCGCGGCAGAACGCUGCCUGCAAAUGACGACGAAGAGUAUGACUUUGUCUAUGACGAUCCCCGCUACGACGACCGACAGCCCCAGCGGCGCAGGAGUGAGGACGCUCCGCGGUACCGGCAAUAG